GGCCGAGCUCCGAUGACGAAAUUGGCGGAAAUUGCUAGAAUUAAAGCAUAAAUGGUGUGUUUACGUGGAAAAAGUACAAAUUUUGCCAUGAUUUUGAGUUAAAAAUGACAAAAGACCACGCUAGGAAGCGUCUAGCACGGAUCAGAUGUGUUUUUGAGUGUGUAGAAUCAAUACGAGACGGGAAAGAGCUACCAGACGCGUUGUGUUUUGUUCCCGGUAGUGUGAACUACAAAUUUCAAAGUGAAAGGACAACCUCAAUUGUAAUUAGAGAUUCCCCAUCUUCUUCCUCAGCAAAAAUUGGUGAAAUUCCUUACAAAGUAAGUACAAGAUUUACCGCUAGCGGCGAGGAAUACUGGAACGAUGAGGGUCUAUGGCUAAGACUUGUGCCUGAAAGUUUAAAGAAAUUUGACGUGGACAGCAAUCACUCAGCAGGGUGGGUGUUUAUUCAUUCCCGUGAUAAUAAAGUUAAAGACGAAGUUGAUUUAGCGACAGUGAAUUCCAAGAAAAAAAGCACGAAGCCUGUUCUAAUGAACUGGGAAUAUGCAGUUGAUACCUACUACUCGCUUAAAAUUUCACAGAAUGCAGAAACUUUACAUGGGCAAGCCGACCUUGAGGCCAUGAACAAAUUAAAAUUCCCCCCUCAAAAUUGGAGCCUGGAAGCUGAUGAAGAAUUGGCUCGUUUCAUUAGUCAGAAUGUUACCAUUCAGAAGGAGGCAACGUUGGGCAAUCUAAGUCAGUAUGUCGAAUCAAUUGAAGUGUCAUCCCAAAGUCAAUAUAUUUCAGCAUUGACAGAUGGAGACAUUGAGACAUAUUGGGAAUCUGAUGGAUCUCAAGGUCAACAUUGGAUACGUCUUAAGAUGAAACCCGGGACAGUAAUCAAGCAAUUGUUUGUAAACGUGAAUAGUAAUGAUGAUAACUACAUGCCAAAUCGAUUUCAAGUACAUGGCGGAGAAACUGGUAAUGUGAAGUUGCUGAAUGACGUCGCAAUAGAUUCAAGUAAAACUGGUGAUGUUCUAAUACUCGAAGAUAUGACCCAACAUUGUCCUAUUAUUCAAAUUUGGAUUAAGGACUGCAAAGAUGAUGGAAUUGAUACCCGCAUCCAUGGAAUCAAGAUUGUUUCAACUGAUGAGAAAGAACCUGGUUUGAGUGCAGACACUUUCAAGAAUAAGACAAAGAUUAUCCGUUUCCCGAAGUUAGAACAUGUUAAUCCUGACCUACUUUACAAUAGAGCAAGAAGUUUGUUGAGAUUUGUUGCUCUGUUAGAUAGUGUCCUUCCUUUCAUCUUUCCAAUUUGGAAGUUUACGAUUGGCUCUUACACAAGUCUGGAACUGAUUAGGCAGUUGCUUCCUCUUUCACGUCGUAGGAUUACAUUGAUUGAUCAACUUAUCCUUGAAUCACAGUCAUGUAUUACACUUCCAAGUAUCCCAAAGGUUGUUCUGAACCGUCAUACCGCUGCAGAACAUCGGGAGAACCCUGCAAGUGAUCCAGAAGGAAAGCAAUCAAUUUUUUGUCAGUUAUAUGAAGCAUUGAAGUCAGAGAAAUGUGGGGUGACACUUGAUUUCCGUUGGUCAAAUCGCUAUGAACAGUGGUGGGAAUGCAAGUUUAUCUCGGAAGGUAUUAUUGAUCAAGGUGGUGGCUUUCGUGAUUCUCUAUGUGACCUUGCUGAAGAAGUAUGCCCUAGUUCUGCAGAUUCAUUGUUGCCAUUGCCUUUAUUUAUCCGUAGUCCUAACCAGCUGUACGAUUCAUCUAAUGUUUAUCGUGAUGGUUACAUUCCAAACCCAUCCUGUCGAUUAUUUGACCAAUAUGAAUGGCUUGGAAUGCUGAUGGGUGGCCACCUGCGUGGAAGAGAGAGCUUACUGUUAUCAUUUCCUAAGUUUAUAUGGAAACAGUUGCUUGGUGAGAAAGUUUCAUGGCUAGAAGAUUUUGUCACAGUUGAUGCAGCAUUGGUGAAGCUGGUUGAAUCCAUUAAGCAAAUGGAUCGGAAGAAAUUUGAAGAGAAGUUUACUGAUAUUCUUACUUACACAGCAGUUUUAAGCAAUGGCACAAUUGUUCCUCUCAUUUCAAAUGGUGAAGAUGAAGUUGUCAAAUAUGAAAACCGUGUUGAGUAUACUGAGCUGCUUCAAACUGCAAGAAUGCAUGAAAGUGAAGAGCAAGUCAAUGCCAUCCGUCAUGGUUUAGCUAAAGUGGUUCCAGUGUCGUUGCUUGGACUUCUCACAUGGCAAGAACUUGAACUAAAGGUCUGUGGAAAUCCAAAGGUGAAUGUUGAAGAUCUUCGCAAGACAACUUAUAGUGAGGACUUGCCUAAGACAGAUGAGAGAGUAAAAUAUUUUUGGAAAGCCAUGGAAAAUUUCAGCAAUGAUGAUCGAAGUCGAUUUUUGAGAUUUGUGACUGGCAGGCGUAGAUUACCCGCAAACAUGACAUUGUGUGCUGCAAAAACAACUGCACCUGUUGAUUCAUUACCUGAGGCUGCAACUUGUUCAGGUACUUUAUUUCUUCCUUGUUAUUCUUCUUAUACUGCAGCUGAGGAGAAAUUGCGUUAUGCAGCAUACAAUUGUGUAUCCAUUGACACUGAUGGCUCAUGGGAUGAGUGAUAUGUUAUAGAAACUUUCUAAAUAAAGUAGUUUUGUAUGAAAUUGAUAGUUUUAAGUUAUCAACAUUGAAAUAACAAAGUAAUAAGCAAUUUAUUCCUUAGGAAAUAAUCUGCAUGACUGAAUACACUGCUUGAGUGACAAUAAAUUGUUUUUAUGUAAGAUUUAGUGAUGAUGUUGGAUAUAUGACCGUGGAAGUGAAUAUUUUAAUACACAUUAAUUUUUAUACUCUAAAGUUUACUGUAAGUGUUACCUAGGUUUUGCAUGAAAAAUGUUUUUGUCAACCACCUAAUAAUAUAAUUCUGAUUGGCUGCCUAUAAACAGUGCAAUUUUAUUCAAAUACCAAAUUGGUGGAUUUCUAACCUGGAAAGUACG